GAAGUUCCAGACAAGUCACUGGUGUUUUGUAACUUGAAUAUUGAAAACAUAAGAUAAAUCUCACAUCAACCAAAUUAUACUCAAUGGUUUCACGUUUAACAAAUUUGCUUCACGUUACUUCAAAAUGGUCGGAUACGGAAUUAGGUUUAUUAUUGAAUGCAUUAAAAAGAGACCGUUCAUUCUCAACACUUGAAUUGGCUGAUUUCAUAAAGACAAAAAAUAAAACAGCCGUCAGAGAACUUAUAGCUUGUAUUAUGGAUGCUGAUGAGAAAGAUUUACAAGAUCCACAAAUUACUCUACCGGAAGUUAAACCUGAAGGAUCAAUUGAUAUUUUGUUACAAAUAACUAGACACAGUUGUACUGAAUACUACAAUUAUUGUACAGUGUUAAAUGAAGUCUUUCAUCGAGCUUCUAUAAGAGAAGAUGCAGAAUAUCGUAAAAUCAAAAAGAAAGAUCCAGAUCCUAUAUAUUCGCCUUAUAGUCAAAUUUAUCGAUUUUUUUCUUCGUUGGUUUGUGGACAACCAUUACCAAAUCUAUCUGAUUUAUCGUCUGGUGCCUUUCUAGAUCUGUUAACGUGUUUAGGCAGAAUUUUAAAUUUGAUCAAUACUAGCACGGAUAGUGAAAAUGCCAACCAGAAUUCUCAAAUAAUUAAACAAUUUCAAACUGCACAUAAACUCACUAUCGAAAAAAUGGGUAUAUUUUUGGCAUUGGCUGCUGCUAUUCAAAUCAAUUCACGUUUAUGUUCACGACGUGGAUGUGAUGUAACAGAAAAAUUCGAUGCACAUCCUAUUGCUCCGUUGUUUUUAUUGUCGAAAGUGGAACAUCCUACUACAUUGAAACAAGCUCGUGAAAUGAUUGAAUAUCUACUUGAUCGAUUUGUGCAAAUAUGGUCAUUGCCAAAAUUUCCAUGUUCACAAAGUGGAUCAUUGACUUCUGAAUCAGAAUUAAAUAUUGAAUCGACUGAUUUCCCAGAUGCGCUUUUUAAACGUCUCAGUAUGUUUUCGUUGAAUCCACUUUCAUUCCCAAUGGAAGUGAUGUCUCCUUUGCAAAAUAUCUUGGAUGAUUUUAGACAGCUGUGUUUAGACAGGUUCAAGUAUUUAAAUCGCUUCAAAUCAGUUUUAUGCAUUGAUCCACCGAUUCAACUUCAAGAUUCUCUUAAACGUUCCACACCACCGGAGCCUACAAAAUCUGCGAACCGAAAGAAAAAGCGUCGAACUGAAAAGUGGCCGACUAAGAGUUCGUCAACACCAGAUUAUAACGCAUUGGAUAGUUCCGUACCUUUGAAUGAUUUUAUACCAUCGAGUUUCGAUGAAAAUACAGAUCAAUUAGACAGUAAUGUAAAUAUUGAUGAGAAAACUAGUUCAAAAGUUCACUUAGCAUCACGUCGCUUUGUAAAAUGGUGUCCAGGAACGCACUUCAUUCGUAUUUCCGAUCCAGCGGAAGAUGAAAACGUCAAGAUUCUUGUAAAUAAGCAUUUUGAAGUGAAAACGAAGAAGCAUGAAAGAUUUCUGUAA